GACAAAUAGAAGUUCGCGGGGAGACAAAACUGUUUGGGUAGGUGGUCACCUUAUCAAGCGCGACUAGACCUACACGCAUAAAGGGUAUGGAUAGUAUGGUUUGCUGUACAAUGACGAUUUAGAGAUGGGACGAACACCGAAAGCGAGACACUCAAUAAAAGGUCAGAUUACUUCUUGAACCUUAGCAUUUGGUGUCCUAAGAGUUAAGUACUUGGCCAUAUGUUCGUCCACGCAAGCACUUCUAUCUAUUGACAGAUGAGACGACUCUUAUGUUGUAUACGGCCUGCUACAUUUGCAGAGCCAUCCCCUAUAGUAGAGCAGCAGUCUCUCGCUGGCCCGGCAAACGACCGCGCCACGUGUAGGUCCGUGACGCCUAGCUCCUCAACCGAGACACCUGCGUUGCCGCUUGAGCUAGGAAGCGGAUGCGUCUCAGCAGCUCGCCAACAGACGUCAACCAACUUGGCGCUGCCGCGAGCAAUACAACAAAACUUUCGUUUUUCUGACGAAUGCACAGCCGCGAGCGCCUUUUCUACAGCGCCAACCAGCCCAUCCCUAAAUCCAUUCACAUACUUUUUACCUCUUGUGAGCGACGAGCAGGACGGUCUCUGCCUGGACGCGGAUGCUUUGGGAAGCAACGUUUCGCCGCAACCCUCCAAGCUCGAGUUUGCUGACCUGUGCGGGUCCUUAGAGGACCUCACCUACCUAGGAGAGGGCUCAAACGGUGUGGUGUACUCAGCCUCAUGGCAUGGAGCGAGGGUUGCAGUUAAGUUCCUGCUCACCAGCGACGGCGACUCCGCGCACCUCAACCGCUGCUUCACCGAAGCCGUCCUCACGCGUGUGCUCAGCCACCCCUGCGUCGUGCAGUGCUUCGCAACCGCCAUCUCCCAGCUCUCCCCCGGGGUGUGGGACGCCAUCCGAGCCCGCUGCCAGCGCCAUCGCUCCCUCCUGCGCGACACCUCCCUCGCCCGCUCCGUAGCCGCGGCGGUGCAACAGGAGGCGGCAGGCGGGCUAGGGGCGCCCCAGAGCUCCGAAGCACCACCCGAGCGGCAGCAAUCGCAGCCGCAGCUGCAGCAGUCACUCUUGAAGCAGCACUCCCAGCUGCUGCAGCAACAGCAAGCGGCAGCAGCAGCAGCUGCCUCUGCCUCGCAGCAGCAGCAGCAGCAACGCGGCGGGCUACUCAGCCGGCGGGGCAGCGGCCGAGAGAGCAACCCCCGCGACCGCUCCGGAGCUCAAUUACAACGCAUCAUGCAGCAACAACUUGUCGUACAACAACAACAACAGCAGCAGCAACAGCAGUACUACAGCCAGUACCCGCCGCCGGUGCUGACCCACCUGCCGCGCUCGCAGCCUCAGCUGGUGGUGGCGACGGUGGGUGCGCCCAUGGUGGCGGGCAGCAGCAGCCGCCUGAGCUCCGCCUCCAUGCCGCGCCGACCCAUGGGUCCCGCGGCGGCGGCGCCAAGGGAGGUUGACCGCAGCCGUGAAGACGCCGGCGACAACGGCGGUGGUCGCAGCAGCGUGGCUCGCUCCUGUGACGCGGAGCAGGUGUUGUUGGAGAUGCGGCGGGUUGAGGGCUUGCUGGCGGCACCGGUGACGGUUACUGGAGCCGGGGCGGCAGCAACAGCAGCAGCAGCAGGCCCGCUGGGCGCCGACACGGGCAGCAGCCCCUGCCCUAGCCCCUUCAGGUUGCGUCCCUGCAGCUCCGCGCGACCCAGCCUGUUCGGCGGGCCGCUGGGUCCGUUCGGCGCGCUGGGUCCGUGUCCCAGUCUGGACCGUGCAGUGGCUGGGGGCUCGGUGGUGGGCGUGGAGGAGGAGGAGGAGGCGGUGGAGGGCGGGGAGCUGUGCGAGGGCGGGGAGGGGGGCGGUGUGAGUGUGGUGCAGGCGCUGACGUGGCUGCGGGCGGGUGAGGGACGGCACUGCACGCUGGUGGUGAUGGAGUACAUGGACGCAGGCACGCUGCACACCGCCAUCUGCCGCGGCGACUUCAGCGCCCGCCGCUCCCAACCCCACCGCUCCCGGCUGCUGGCGCUGCUGCUCACCGCGCAGGAGCUGGCGCAGGGCAUGGCCCACCUGCAUGGCCUGGACAUCCUGCACGGCGACCUGAAGCCCACCAACGUGCUGCUCAAGGCCUGCCCCUGCCAGUUCGCACCCGCGCCGCUGUCCGCAUGUGCCUCCACAUGCUCCCUCUCCACCACUGCUGGCGGGGCGGCCACCGCAGCGGCAGCGGCAG